AUGGAUAACUACUCUUUCGACUAUUUUACCGUGCAAUUUCCUGCCGAUCAUCAAUAUGUGGCCCAUGUGGAAAUCAAUCGACCGGAAAGGUUGAACGCCUUCAUCGAAGUUAUGUGGGAAAACAUGGCCCAGAUCUUCAACAAGCUUUCCUCGGAUCCUCAAGUUCGUGCGAUCGUCCUCAGCGGUGCUGGAGCGAAGGCAUUCACCGCCGGGCUGGAUGUCAAAGCGGCCUCGGAAGGUCUUCUGUCGUCAGACUCAGACGCCAACACCGACCCAGCUCGAAAGGCGGCCGUGUUUCGUCGCCAUAUCAGCGCCUUCCAGGACUGUAUCACCGCGGUAGAGCGCUGUGAAAAGCCCGUUGUGGUUGCCCUCCACGGGUUCUCAUUAGGACUCGGUAUUGACCUGUCAACGGCGACGGACGUGCGCCUCUGUUCUCGGGAUACCCGGUUUGGGGUCAAGGAAGUCGAUAUAGGGCUCGCAGCAGACAUCGGUACCCUCAGCCGACUCCCCAAGGUGGUCGGAAAUUACGGAUGGGUAAAAGAGGUGGCUCUGACGGCACGCGAGUUCGGUGCUGAGGAGGCGCUACGUGUUGGAUUUGUUAAUGCGGUGUAUGAUAACCGUGAAGCCACUAUUGCGGCUGCAUUUAAGCUCGCCUCCCUGAUGGCCAGCAAGAGCCCCGUGGCCGUGCAAGGCACCAAGGAGAUCUUGAACUUCUCACGCGACCACUCUGUGCAAGAUGGUCUGCGGUAUACGAGCGUAUGGAACAGCGCUGCUUUGCAGACGCAGGAUAUCUCGGCAGCUCUGCUAUCUGGACUGCAAAGGCGUACUCCGACAUUCGAGAAGUUGUGA